AUGUUGGAGGAGACACCCCCUUCCGGAGACACUGACAUUGUCUCCCCGGCUUUAACAGCGGCAACCAUUGGCUGCGACACUUCAUCCAAGGAGGCGCCAAUAGCCUGGAAAUCAUCGGUUGCGAGGAACUUCAAACGCUUGCCGGCCGAGCUGCGUCUAAAGAUAUGGCGGUGCGCGGCCGAGCCGCGUGUCGUCAUCCUCGACGACGUCCUCCGCAGGCCGAAGGCGUAUCCUCUGCCCUCAGUCGCCCAGGUCAGCCGCGAGGCACGGCACGAGUCUCGUGACGGCUACGAGGCCGUCGGUCCGUGCCGCUCCUCCCACGUCCACUUUGGCCGAGACAUCUUCGUCUGCGACGCGAGCAUCACCGAGACCACCUCGAAUCAGCCCCUGGAAGCACUCGCCACGCGAGUCGAGCGGCUUGCUUUUUGGGACUGCUUCCCGGACGACAACCGUGUGGAGCUGCCCUACUUUUACUCGACGUACCUCGCGGCGAGCCAGGCGGCGGCGGCCAGCGCCGCGCGGAUAUCAUCGGGCUCUACACCAUCGUCCUCGACGGCUGGGAUCGGCGUACCAUCCCCCGGACCGAGGCUGCCGGCCGUCGACUUCGACAAGCUCUGGUUUCCGAAUCUACGAGACCUGUGGAUCGUCAAGGUCGGCGGCGUGGACAGGGCGUGGCUGAUUGACGCAGACCUGGGGGAGCAAGAGGCGGCGGCAGCGGCCGCGCCUCCUAAAAACACAUCCGCGACCGGCCGCGCGACGUUACAUUAUCCCGUGCCGCUGUCUCAGCAUCCACACUGUCACCGGACCGCUCGCAAGUUUCGCUACUGGGUGCAGCAUAACGUGGUGGAGAUGGCGCCCCUCAGCCUGGACGAUCCGGACACUCGUCUCGUGCUGCGCGAGGGGCGGUGCGGCAAGCCAGACUGCCAGGAGCUCAACCGCGGACGCUCGGUUCUGCUCUCCAAGGUCACUUUCAUGGAGGGCGAGUAUCGACCGUCGCAGGGGUGGCUGCGCAUCGCGCCGUGGGACGGGUGCGACACAACCAGCGCCGAUGCCGACGGGAGUCGCAUCACCGACAGGGAUGCGGUGGGCGAGGGCAGCGGCAUCAAGUCCAAAGACGGCUCUCGCGACUCGAUGCGGUGGGUAGUAGUCGAGAGGAUCCUUACGUUUUCCCUCCGGUGGGAAUCAUCAGAUGAUACAGACGAGGGCUCACGCCGACACAUUGGGUCUCGCACCCAUGGGUAG